GACGCGUGGACGGCGCUGAUGGCGGCCAGAACCUCUUGGGCGUCUUGGUCACACACGGCCAGGCUGAGCACCUCCAGGCCCCCGGCACUCCUGCAGCAGCUGUGUGCCGGCACCACUUAGGUGACCCGAGAACAACUGAAGAAACAGUUGGGCAAAAUAGUAAUGUCAGAAGUAAGAGUAAGCUGUGAAGGAAGAACAUCUGUCAUAAAGUGUUACUGGAGGCACGAAAAUGUCAAAGAAGUGCAAAGACAAUUCAGAAGACACUUUGACAGGGAUCCACCAAGCCUCACAGUCGAGGCCUCCUAAGUCUGCAGGUAUGGGAGUGGAAUGCCUUGUCCCCCUGAGACACAGGAGGGCAGAUCUGAGGAGGGAGAAUGAGAGACGGCACCUCAUCCAUGCGACGACAUGGCUCCUUGGCUGGUGCUUCUUUUCUGCCAUUAGGUCGGCUAGUCUUGAGUAGAAGCACUGAGCCUUGGAGCCCAUCCCGCCAGAUGUGGUGAAGACCAGAGGUGUGAAGCUGCCCUGGUCAACGUGUUGGAUUCUCUCCCCAUACGCUCGGAUCUACUACUACUAUUACUACUACUACUACUACUACUACUACUACUACUACUACUACUACUACUACUACUGCUACUACUACUACUACUACUACUACUACUACUACUACUACCUUGCAACCCUGCGUGUCCACUUUACCAUCUUUCCUUGAUUCAUAUUUUUUAUCGUUUUUAUUAUUAUCAGUGUGUGUGAGUGAAUGCGUGUGUGUGUGUGUGUGUGUGUGUGUGUGUGUGUGUGUGUGUGUGUGUGUGUGUGUGUGUGUGUGUGUGCAGGAUUACAGAUAAAAAUACUAUUUAUGGACCCCGUAAUUUAUUCACGGAAAUAACAAACAAAAAAUUGUACAGUGCACUAUUCUCUCUCUCUCUCUCUCUCUCUCUCUCUCUCUCUCUCUCUCUCUCUCUCUCUCUCUCUCUCUCUCUCUCUCUCUCUUGUCAGUCACUCAGGUGUUUUCAAGGUCGCUGGGCCUCGCUCCCCUUCUGCCUGGCUUGUAUGAUGCCAUGUAGUAUUUUACAGGAGUACUUUUAAUCACGGCAGUAAUGUUGCCGUGCAAUGCUUGUCAGUAAAUUAUGUGUAUUUUAAUGCCACUUCUCUUGUUAUAACACACACACACACACACACACACACACACACACACACACACACACACACACACACACACACACACACACACACACACACAUGGAAAAGGAAAGAACGUGUGACCUUAGGCGCUCUAGAGCAGCCUCGGCCAGCAUGUUGGCCUUCCUGCCUUCCCCGCCCCCUAUUGAUAGUGACCUCGGUUUUUUCAGUUUUCAACUCUUAGUUUUUAGUUUUAGGCUCGCCCUGGUGAGAUUGUUGUACUUGUGAACACAUUUAGCGAGUGCGUGUCGACACAUAAAGGAUAAUGUGUGCUGCCGUGCAAACGUACGAACGCAACUACCUCCUGCGUCGUAUGCGAGGGUCCGGUCACCCGCCGCCCAACGUGAUAGUUAGUUACUUUUACUGACCAAAGAAAUUAUUCAUACAGUAAAGUGAAAGGUACAAAAUUUGCCAGUGGUCCAAAUAAAGAAUCAUACAUUUACAAACAUAAAUAACAACACUUUCACCUAAGUAUUGUUUAAGAAUUAGGCGAUGCAAAGUAACCAGCAUUAGCAAACACUUACUAGCAGUAAUGCUAUAACUAACAUAGAUACAUAACUCAGCAUAACGUCUAACACAAUUUGACCAAUAUUAAUGCAAUAAGUAGUUCUAAUUAAGUAUUGUUUUCUUUUUAGGUCCUAUAACUAAUCAACACUUCACACACGUACCUACAUAAGACAUCAGUCGAAUUCUUACAAACGCCAAAUGUGUAAAAUCAGGGACAUUAUGUCAUCUGAAUAAAUAUUAUGGACACCAAGACUAGAAUUCAAUAUUGUUUUAUAUGUGUGAUACUUUGUUGCGUCUUGUGGCUUAUUGGUAAUUAAAUUAAUUAUUCUGUCAAGAGGAUUUAUAUGAUUAUCAUACUGUAUGGCGCUCUGGAUAAACUUAUAACCAGGGGUGUUAGCUUCUCUGCAUCAACUAAAUACAAGAUGAAAUGGUUCACUUCUGUCGAGUAGAUAGAGUCAGCUUCCUCUCCAAGAAACGUUUCCGUCGGGCACAGACAGUAUGGUAAACUGGCUUAAUUCUCGAUUCAACAUGACAUAAGUUUGAGCUUGUGUUAUUUGUCACGUCCAGGAGACAUUUCAUAAGUUUAUUGUACUGACUGGUGAGUGACACACAGCCGUCUGUCAGCCACGUCUUGCAGCUGUAUCUCAGUUCAGCCAACACAGCCGCGUCAAAAACAAGUCGCUUAUAACACUGAGGCAUAUCAGGGUUCGAGGCACGAAUUAUAGAAAAUUUGUUGACGACUGACUGACACUUUGCCUCGUGUAGUGACACCACGUCCUUCAUACAACCGCUGUCGGUAAACCAGGCCCCUAAAAACUUGUAUCUGUCACAGUACUUAAUAACGUGUCCCUCGAUCUUUAAUGGAACUUUAUCACAACGAGUGAUAUUUCAAACAAAAAAAAUAAUUUAGUCCUCAUUAGGAACAAUUCCAUAAUCAUUGCAAUAAUCGAUGACAACUCUGAGUUUCCUGAUGCACAUAUCCCGAGAUGUUGUGUGCAGUGCGCCCAAGUAGCUGUUAGUUGCUAUUUGUUCCUUCAGCAUACGAAUCAUCUGGUUAAUGUAAAUCACAAACAUUAGACAGCUGGAAGGUGAGCCUUGCCUUACUCCCACUGACGACUCCACCGUGGCACUCUUAAGCACGUUACGUGUGCAGCGAUACAUAACAUAUAUUGCUUUUAACAUCCUUCUUCCACAUCCUAUUGAUCUUAAGCAUUCUAUCAGCCUGGACCUCGGUACUUUAUCGUAUGCUUUACGAUAGUCUAUAAAUAAUACAUAUAACUUCAAUUUCUUGUAUUUUACAUAAUCACACAAUAAUCUCAGUGUAAAUAUCUGCUCUAGGCAUCCUCUUCCCUCCAUUGCUCCUGCUUGACAAUUGUCCACAUCCAUCCACAUUUUCAAUCUAUUGAUAAUAAGUGUGUCAUAGAGUUUAGCUAGGGUGUCCAUUAUACUAACACCUCUGUAGUUAUCACAAAGCAUGCGAUCACCACACUUAAAUAAUACACUUAACUUACUAUAGCACCAGGCUAGUGGGAAACACAAACUAUCAAAAAUUACAUUGAACAUUGUAAGAAAAAACAUCAACCAGUUCAUAGGUAAGUUCAUUAAUAGGGCAGGACUUAUUCCAACAAAACUUUUGUUUUUAUUCAUCCCUCUCACAGCUGUUUCCACCUCUCUAAACGUGAAAGGAUCAUCCACAAUGGGAAUACUUGGUGCCUGCUCAAAGUUUACCUCUCCAACUUCCUCCUUCACUGGAUUCAAUAAUUCCUCAAAAUGAAUCUUAAACUGACUCUCAGUAGGCUGGGUACUGCCUUCUUUACUUCUAAUUUCACCUUUCCAGUUAAUUGCUUUCCAAAUUUUAUCACAGUCAUUUUCCUCCAUGACUCUUUUAGGUCUACACUUCCCUCACGCGUGACAUUCGACUUUUUACACUCCUUUGCUAUUCCUUUAACUUCCCUGCAGCUUUCCUUAACCACGUCCUUCACACUUUCCUCAUUCACCACGCCCAGGGUUGGCGGCUCACACAGCGCCAUCCUCGUCACGAACGCUUCUAUAUCCACUUUGUCAUGGUGCAGGCCUGUCGCGAUAUUAGUGGUGCAGCUAGGGACUGUGUGUCAGCGUCCGACCCAAGUUACUGGCGCGCUCAAGUAGCUGCGAUAGCGUUACUCAUUUAAAAACGUCAGUGUUAAUUGUUAGAGUGAGUGGCGCAUGAUCUGAGCACGACAUAACUUGGCGUGUACAUAAGUCUUUGAGGACAUUCAAACUGCUAUACUUAACUAAACACAGGUCGAUAAACACAGGUUGAUUUCCGAUGUCCAGCGAUCAUUACGCCUAAAAGAUAAAUUCCCUCCUCGCUGCUUUCCGUCAUAUUUCAAAUGGUUAGCAACUACCAUUUCUUUCUCUUCACACAUGUUGGGUAUUGCCCGGCCCAUGGAAUUACUUAAAAGAUCUUUCACACCAUUAUAUUCACAUCUCUUUCCGUUUAUAUUUGUACUUGGUAGGCAACCCAUACGUGCGUUCAAGUCAGCGACCAGUAUGGCACCGUCACAGUCGGUCACCUGCCCCUCCCACAGCAGCGCCGGGUCGUGGUAGGGCGAGUCGACCGGUGGGAUAUACAUGGCGCCAAGCCUCAUCCCAGGGCAGCAGGACAGCUCGACCCAUGUUUGUCCUUCUGCUGCAAUGUUGGCACAUGUGAUAUAUGGCACCAACGCACACUUCACCAACAUCAUAAUUCCUCCUCUCCGACUAUUUUGUUUUCUUUUAUUCAUAUAUAAAUCAAAACCUGCCACGCUACUAAUUAACGUUACUUAAUUUCAGUGAUCCAUAUCAUGUCAAAUUCUAAAGCAACAUUUAUCACUUCAGGGCUUUGGAGCUUAUUUUUCACACCACAGAUAUUACAAGCACAUAUUUUUAAUUGUCCAUUCCAAUUCUUUCCAUGCCAAAAUUUGGGAAAUACCUAUCAUUCACAACACCAUCACGCAGCAAUACUCGCCGCCGCCAGUCAUACGUAAUUUCCACUCCCUGGUUGUCUGGUUUCUGCUUCUCCUCAUUUUCUCGGGUCCUCAGUCUUGUCAUUUCUCUCCUCGCCGCCGGAUGAACGUCCUUCUUCACGCAAAUCCGUUCAAAGUCUCUUCCUGUAUCCUUCAGGUUCUUCGCCACUCGCAAGAUGUCGCUCCGGUGAUCUUGACUCUCCAGCGUCACGUGAAUAGGGCGACUCCUCCGUGCGUCAGGCUGUCCAAGUCGUAUUGUUGCCCAUACAUCGGUGCGUAUCGGUCCGGCGUAACCCGCGGCUUCCAGCACUAUCUUGAUCUUGUCUCCAUCUGUCGUUCCCAGGCCGUCGUCAUCCUCCGAGACCCCAGUUAUAACCAAGUGCCGCACCCUUUUUUUGGCGCCAAGGGAUUCUAGGAACCGGUUUUGCUGGUGGAUAAUCAUGUAGGCUUCAUCGAGUCUUGUAUUCAGUGAUUCUAUUUCUUCCUUCAUCUCCUUCACAGCUGCCAAAUCUUCUGGAAUAUUUCUUAUUUCUUCGAGUAAUUCAGAGCUCGGUGGCUGCUCUUCAUGAGGCUGAUGUGCAACAGUUGUUCUCAGUGCACAUUUUAGCUGCGCCGCUGUCAGUUUAUUGAUCUCCGUAGCAGACAAUGCCUUCACUGUGUUUAUAUUGUCAUAACUAGCCAUCUUGGACAAACAAACAUGUAUCCCAUUAAGUCUUUGCACCCCUUUUUCUUCAGUGGCUUGGCGUCGCAGUUACCAUUGCAACGGUUUUCACAGUUGUGCAGAGGGGAUGGUGCCGGUGUUGGCAAUAUAUUGCCUGAUCUAAGCCUGUAUGGCAGCAGAUUCUUGGCAAAACUUGAAGCUCUACCCAGGUCUGUUUGUUGAUGUUUGCAGCGCCAUCUACACAGUGCCUUAAGACUUUGAAACUAUUUCGGAACCGCGGAUGGAGAGGAGGUAAAAGUGUGGUGCGUCCCAUCAAGGCAGUGACCUCCAGUGCCAGAGAAGACCGCUGGGUGGAGAAGAGGGAAUACAAACACUCAGAAGUGCCGUGUGUGUGGUAUAGUCUUCCCUCCCUCCUCCUAUUUAAUGCGACGUCUCUGGCCAACAAGAUGGACGAGCUGAUUGUGACGGUGAGCUCUACUUGUGCGGACAUUGUGGCGGUUACUGAGGCGUGGGAGGUCGUUCCUGAGGUGUGCACAAUGCAGGACUACCAGCUCUGCCAUUACCUCAGGACAGGACGCAGGAAGGGGGGGGAAGGGCGGAGUGGCCGUUUUCUCCCAAUCUCCCCUCAGCCCCUCACACCUGCCUGUCAACAUUCCUGCCGGAGUAGAGGCCCUGUGGGUGAGAGUUACGCCCCCCUGCCAUCUCAGCAACACGGCCUCCAUCAUCGUGUGCGUCGUGUACCACCCCCCACGAGCCACCACAGCACAGUUACUCACCACUCACAUCAGUGACACUGCUGAGGCCCUAAGUGUGAGGUAUCCUGUUGCCAAGCUGGUCAUCUGUGGGGACUUUAACGGAUUGUAUAUCAGCGAUAUCCUACACCAGCUACACCUCACCCAGGUCGUGGACUUCCCUACCACCCAGCAAGCCACCCUCGACCUUAUACUGACAGACCUAGGCCAGCAGUACUCGCUCCCCAAGCCGCUGCCUCCCAUGGGACGGAGCACCCACCUCUCCAUACUGUGGACACCCACAGGACCCACCACCUCGACCCCCCGGCCAGCUAUCACCAGGACCCACCGCCCCAUGCCUGAGUCAGCCUUGAGGGAGUUUGGGCAGUGGGUGACACAACACCUGUGGACCGAGGUGCUGGAUGUGGAGGACGUCCACUCAAAAUGGCACAAUUACGUCGCCACCACCACAGAAGCCUUCCACCGCUACUUCCCAGCCAAGAGCGUCACAGUGCACACAUCUGAUGCCCCCUGGAUGACGCCCCGCAUUAAAAGACUCAUGCAUCAGAGGACGUGGUCGUUCCAUUCCUGCCCGGACCUAUACGGGAAGCUAAGAAACAGAGUGAUCAGGGAGAUUAAGGCUGCCAAGGCAAGCUAUUACCCGGACAAGAUACACCACUUCAAGCAGGCCAACAACAGACAGUGGUACGCUAGCAGCAAAGCUUUGUGUGGCCUACAAAAGCACACUUCAUCUCUUCGUUGCACCUCACACCUUCCUGCUAAUCUCGCGGCUCAGGAGAUGAACGACCACUUUGCCGCUAUCUGUCACACCUACCCUCCCCUCCACACCACUCCGCUUCCUGCCCAUCUUCCCGCCCCCUCCCCUUCCCCUACUGUACUGGCGAUAGAUGUUUUUAAGAGGAUACUUAAAGAUACCAAGAUACCAAGAUACCAAGGAUACUUAAAGAUACCAAGAUCCACCACACCCACUGACCUUCCCAUAUGGGAAGAGCCAGCAACACCGCUAUGCCCCAUAAUAAACGCCUCUCUUUCCCAACACUCUUGCCCCGCGGACUGGAAGACAUCUUACGUCUCUCCCAUCCGCAAAGCUUCCAGUCCACAGUCCCUCGGUGACCUCAGGCCAGUCUCUAUCACCCCCAUCCCUAGCUUUAUUUGUGAAGAUUUUGUGUAUGACUGGGCCUACACCAAAACUUGUUAUACCGUGGAUAUCAGACAGUUUGGAAAUAUUAAAGCCACCUCCACCUCCCAUUACCUGACCAGCUUCCUUGACUUCAUCCACAGCCACCUGGACAAGCGAAACACCUCUCUACCUGUUGCUUUUGUGGACUUCAAAAAAGCUUUUGAUCUUGUUGAUCAACUUUGUUGUCUUCAGCAAGGCAAUGAGUCUGGGUCUCCCUCCCAACCUGGCAGCGUGGCUAGCCAACACCCUCUCAGGGAGGCGUCAGGCCGUUCGCUAUCAGGGUCUGUCUCUAAUAUCCAACAGCUGACAUGUGGGGUCCCCCAGGGAACCAAGAUGAGUCCACUAUGCUUCCUCCUCCUCACUAACGACGCCCUCACUGACACCCCCAUGGCUGGAAGUGAGUGUACGACUGCACCGUGGGCGUCCCAGUCUCCACCAGGAACCCGGACUACUUGCCACUCCAAGUCAUUUUGGAGCGACUGCAGACAUGGACGGAGGAGAGCAGGAUGACCAUCAACCACAGCGAAACUGUGGUGAUGCAUUUCUGUACCUCCUCUGUACCAGUGCCCUCUCCCCAACUCACAGUGGGCUCUCACCCCCUCCAGGUGGUCCGAUGUGCCUCUGGAUGUGCUUCUCGGAGUCACGGUGGACGACCAGCUGACCUGGAAGCAGCAUGUCGCCAGCACCGUAAGAUCCGCUACCUACAAGCUGUACAUGAUGCGCAGACUCAGGUCACUGGGGACACUGACAGACGAGUUAAGGGGAGUGUGCCUCACCUUCAUCCUCCCCAAACUCAUGUACGCCUCCCCAGCGUGGUCCUCCUCCCUCACACACACUCAACAGCUCCAGCUGGAGAGAGUGCAGAAGAGGGCGUGCAGGGUCAUCUUUGUCCCUGCCUACACCACCUGUGAUGAAGCCCUGACCACCCUGAGUCUGUUCAGACGUCCAGACUAUCCACCAGGCACCGAGAGGCUCUGGAGAAGUUUGGAAGGGGACUUCUGCAUCAUCCACGCCUCAGACACCUGCUGCUGCCUGACGCACCUCGCCUGGUCCGUGCCACCAGACACCACAACAAGAUAACGCCCCUAAAGGCGCCGCGCACGGACCGGUACAGACUCAGCGCGAUUCCCACCAUGGUGCGAGCCAUCAAUCAACAGUAUUCCUCUUCUAUAUUAAGCUUAGCUUCAGGAUUAAUGUUAAGUAUUUUCCCAUCCCCUCUGAACAUUUUCAGUUUGUAAAUUGCCUUAUUAAUAAACUAUUUAUUAUUAUUA